UCGCAUUCUCACAGGUGAUGACAUCGAUUUGCAGCAGGGAGGGUUGGCAAAUCAUGGAAGUGAGGACGGACACUGCAGACUUACACUUUGUGUGGCAGGAAGUCUGUGGCUCUGCGGCACAGCUCGUCACCUCCUACCCUCUUUCCCUUCCCCUCAUCCUGGCCAAGAGACCCUUUUCUGGAUGAACACCAAUGCGUGAAUGAAUCACAAUGUGGUCACUUUUUUCAUGAUGAAUGAAAGUUUUGCACUGUCACGCAGUCAUUUUUAGAUAAUCCGAUAUUUUGGAAAGAAAAAUGCUUGCACAAAAGAGAAAACCUGAUUACAGUAAAUAAAACAGAUGCCUAGCCUUUUAAUACACAUGGGCCAGUAGUCGGUGCUUGAAUGUUGCUAAUGGUGUAAUUGAUGUGUGAGAAUCGCCCCGAUGAGACACUAAUCGGUGAUAUAGUGAGGGGUUUUGUAGCCAUGAGGUGAGCCCAUAGAGCUGUCAAGCAUCAAGGCUUCUGAAUGCAUCCUUUUUUAGGGCUUAAUGAAACGCUGCAAACCUGAAGCAUUGCUGCAGCAUUGCGUGGUUGUGAUAGAGGGAUUGCUGAGAUUUUGAUACCAUCUCGAGGAGUUCCCCGUGCUGGAGGAGCUGCCGCCCUCUGUUUUUUUGUCUAUAGGAUAUCAAAGGCCGAUUGGGUCCACGUGCGAAGCCUCUGACACCAUUUUUACGGGAUGUGCGCUCCAGAUGCUGCUGCUGCUCAGUUUCCUUCAUGCUAUCCUUUGAUCUGGUCCUUGGCGUUGUUGACAAGGGCAUUCGUGGCAAGUGCUUCGAUGCGCCUAAACUAUUUUCACAUGCAGACAGAUGCGAAAACCCUAAGCCCUGAGCCCUAAACCCCUGUUGCAGAGCCGAUUUUCAUGAGUUUGUGGGUUUUGUGGAAUGUAAGACUGUUUUGCGAAUGAUCGUUGGUAAGCGCGAGAUGCAGGUCUCAGUGCGCGCAGCAUCAUGGGUCAUUGCAAGAAUAAGGAGGAAGGGAUUAGAAUCUGCGAAUUUGCAGCUUCUUCAGACUAGGACUAUUGGACUUAAUCCGGUUCAGAGACAGCGGCCAUGUCGAUAUAGGUCACAGUUAUGGUUCAAGCCCAGCCCAGCGUUAGCUCGUUCUAUAUGCAGUGAGAAUUUUCCCGCAGUUAGUGGAGGAGAGAUUAUUGAAAGUCUUCGCCAAGGUUUAAGAGACGAGGUUAGGAGAUUGAAGGCAGCUAAUGUGGACAGGGAAUUCAAGCCACCGGAGCCUUUUUCAUUGCAAACGAAAUCUGGUUGUAUGGAUGUUAUUCUGCACAGGGAGUAUGACCAGGAAAAGAUGAGUGUCAAGUGCGAGCUCCUGCUACAACCGCAGGAUGAAGGUGAAGAGGAUGAGGACGUGCACAGUGAUUCAGUCAUGCCCAAAGCUCCUUAUGCUUUGCUCAUUAACCUGACAAUCACCAUUACCAAAGGUGGAACAGAGGCUCUUGAGAUCAGCUGCCAGUGUCACGGAGACGAAUACUUCAUCAAUUACAUUUCUUACCAUGAGGAUCAGUCCAAGGAGGGUCAGGACCAUGCAAUUCAUGAAAAGCAACUAUCGGAAGCCCUCAAGCGUGAAUUUCUCUAUUUUCUAUUUCUACGGGGAUUUGAUGAUGAGUUGGCUAUGUUUUUGCAUCACUUUCUAGAGAAAAAACGCAACGAUGAUCGCAUCACCAAUAUUGAGAAGGUUGCAGCAGUACUGGCAGGGCACGUCGUGUGAGUUAAAUCAAAUGUGAUCAAAUUUUGCGCCAAAUUUAGACGAUAGAUCUUGCCACUUUAGCUACACUACCAAGCUCUUAGUGUGACUGACUCGAAUUCCCUCUUCAUUUACCCAGCUGAGCAAAUCAUCAGAUUUGGGAUGACAGAAAAAGUGCAGGAUGCAGGGCCCGCACGUUUGUUGCUUGACAAAUCUGAGUCUCAGUACCAACUGUUCCUGUCGGGUAAUAUUGGACCACAAGUUUUGCAGCAUCCCACCCCAUGUAUAUGUACUUAAAUCAGAGCAUUUUCAUUUUACUCU